GACCCACCUCCGCCCGCCAGCCGCGGCGGGAGCGUGUGAGGGCGGGCGAGCGCGCGCGCCCGCGCGCGCCACCUCGGCUCCCUUCCCCCCAGGGAUGGCGGAGGCUCUGUCGGGGGCGUUGGGCGACCCGGGUCCCGGCACGGCCUGCCUCCUCUUCGCCCCCUCCGAGCCCGGCGCCCGGCGGCUGGGCGACUUGCGGGUCAUCGACCUCCGCGCGGAGUUGAGGAAGCGGAACCUGGACUGUGGCGGCAACAAGAGCGUUCUGAUGGAACGGCUGAAGAAGGCGAUUGAGGAAGAAGGGGGAAAUCCUGAUGAGCUGGAGAUUGGUUCUGACAUUUCAAGCAAGAGAGCCUCAAAGAAAUUCAGUAAAGGUCGGAGGCUGGAAGAGGAUGGGGCUGAGGAUAACGGACUAGAGGAGGAUUCUGGAGACGGACAGGAGGAUGUCGAAGCAUGUUUGGAUAACUUGCAGGAUAUUGACAUGAUGGAUAUUAGCGUACUAGAUGAAGCUGAAAUAGAUAACGGCAGCGCUUUAUCUUGCGGAGAGGAUUACAGUGCUGAUAAUAUUUUUGACUCGCUGUCUGACUGUAGAGAAAAUGUCGAUGCAAAAAUGAAAGAGCUUCCAGAUCACCUUUUGGAACAUGCUCUGGACGAGGAAGGAAUUGAAAGCAGUUUAGAUGCUUCAUCACCUGAUGUCAUUGUAAUACAGGAUUUCGAAGAUCAACCUUUGGAGCCAGAAAAUGAGAAAAUACUCGGCAUUUUGGGGGAAACUUGUAAAUGUGACCCACUUAAAGAAGAAGCUUCCGAACUGGAGCGGCCAAGUGCCCAAGACGCAAGUUACGAGGGGCCGGUCCCAAAGGUCGCGGAGGAGGAAGAGGACGAAUUAGCCGCCAGCCAUUCCGAGGAGGAGGCUUUUGACUUGGACGGCGAGUCAACACGAGCCAUGGCGAGGAAGGCCGAGAAGCCCUUAGGGGUAGAGAGAGGGGAGGCGAGCGAGCAGGCCUUAGACGAAGAGAAAAUGGACUCUGACACGCUAGUGGUAGAAAGCCCAAUGGAUCAGGGUAGCAAAGCGUCAGAAAACGCAGAAGCCUCCUCUGGUGGCGAAGCCCAGGAAGCGGUGGAGAGAGAUUCAAGCCCUGAAACCAAAGAUUGCCAAGAAGACUCUAAGAAAACAGAAGACGAAGCUAGCCAAGAAGACUCCCCCGCUACUAAAGAGUCCUCUACCAAUGAGGGCGGUGAUCAGAAUAUGAGCUCUGUCGAUGACGGCCCAGAUGCAAAAGUAGCCUCAAAGGAGGAGAAAGGUCGCACUACUAGCAGUUCUGGUAGAAAUUUGUGGGUUAGUGGACUUUCUUCAACUACUAGAGCUACAGACUUGAAGAAUCUUUUCAGCAAAUAUGGAAAGGUGGUCGGAGCUAAAGUGGUGACUAAUGCUCGCAGUCCCGGGGCUCGAUGUUACGGCUUCGUAACAAUGUCUACGUCUGAGGAAGCGACAAAAUGCAUCGGUCACCUCCACCGAACCGAAUUACACGGGAGGAUGAUCUCCGUCGAAAAAGCUAAAAACGAACCCGCUGGGAAGAAGCCCUCCGACAGAAAAGACAGUGAAAUGAAGAAGGACAAAUCAGCCGGCAGCGACAGACAUCAUUCUGCGGAUUCCAGACUUGAAAAUAGAGCUGGAUUUAAGAAGGAUGAGAGAACUGACAAAAAAGAUGAUAAGAAAAGUGACGAGAAGGAUGAAAAAGAUAAAGACCAAGAAGAACUGAAGCCCGGGUCAACAGAUCGAUCUAGGACCACCAAAUCAGGAAGCAGAGGGACAGAGCGGACAGUUGUAAUGGAUAAAUCGAAAGGAGAGCCUGUCAUUAGUGUAAAAACUACGACUAGAUCUAAAGAAAGGAGUUCUAAGAGUCAAGAUCGCAAAUCAGAAAGUAAAGAGAAGAGAGACAUUUUGUCCUUUGAUAAAAUCAAGGAACAGAGGGAGCGAGAACGGCAGAGGCAGCGGGAGCGGGAGAUCAGAGAAACCGAAAGACGACGGGAGCGAGAGCAGCGGGAGAGGGAACAGCGCAUCGACGCCUUCCGUGAACGGAAAGAGAAAGCCAGAUUGCAGCGGGAACGUGUGAGACUGGAAUGUCAGAGGCAGCGUUUAGAGCGCGAACGGAUGGAGAGGGAGAGGCUGGAAAGGGAGAGGAUGCGAGUAGAACAGGAGAGGAGAAAAGAGCAGGAACGCAUCCAUAGAGAACGGGAAGAGCUCCGGCGCCAACAAGAACAGCUACGCUACGAGCAGGAACGGCGUCCUGCCCUGAGGAGACCGUAUGACAUGGACUCGAGGCGAGACGAUUCGUACUGGUCAGAAGGGAAGAGGGCCGCCAUGGACGACAGGUAUCGCUCGGAUUUCAGCCGCCAGGAUCGCUUCCACGACUUUGACCACAGGGACCGAGGCCGCUAUCAGGACCAUUCUGUAGACAGGAGGGAAGGUUCGAGAUCGAUGAUGGGAGACCGAGAUGGACAGCACUACCCGGAUGACCGCCACGGAGGUCCGGAUCGCCACGGCCGAGAUUCCCGCGACGGGUGGGGAGGCUACAGCUCGGACAAGCGGAUGAGCGAUGGGAGAGGGAUGCCUCCCCCCAGGGGAGGCCGUGACUGGGGAGACCACGGUCAAAGGAUAGAUGAUCGUCAAGGUCGUUCAUGGCAGGGCAAAGUGGAUGGCGGCAUGAUGAGCCGAGAUCACGAGAGGUGGCAAGGUGGUGAGAGGGGCGUGUCUGGUCGCUCAGGACCGGGCCAUGCGAUGAACCGGGGAGGAAUGUCGGGCUCGUUCUCUCUCCUGCCCGGGAAAGCCACUGGCAGCCCUCAAAAAUACGGGACCUAGAGACGCGCACGACAUCACGCGCAUUACGCCGGACACGCAGCGUAACGCAGUGCCGUCACCCGGGCCGCUCUGAGGAAGUGCACCGAGUUCACCCGUACCUAGAGCAUUUCUGUGGGCCGGGGGGCCCUGUUCCCUCCGUCCCCCAUCCUCUCCCCCCAAGACCUGCCGCCAGAGCCGUUGCAUUCCCUUCCUGGCUCCCGCUGAACACGGACACCGCCUCUGAUCCGCCCAACUCGACGGCAGGAGCCGCGGCGACGGGAGGCCGGGGCCUCAAAAAUAGGAAUGUCGGACGUGAAAGCGUUCAAAAGCCCGUCGGCGCCGGAUGGGGGAAACCGACCGGCCGGAAAACGGACCGUCCCCUGCAAAACCGGAUGAGCGGUCCAUCUCUUCCCUCUUUGACCCCGCCGGGACGCUCGAGGCCAGACCCGGCCUGCCGCCGACCCCUUGGCUCUUGCCCGGGAUGCCCUCUGUUACUCCGGGAGCCGCCCAGCUGGGAAGGAGGUCCUUGUCGUCCGCCCUCCCUCCCGGUGGCGCCGCGGCGGGUGGUGAGGAGCCCGGGAACCGCGCGUGCGAUGCCGCUCCAUCGCUCGGGGCCACUAGAUGUCAGCCCCAGCUCAAACAUCCUGCUUUGGCGGGCUGCAGCGGGCCCGGCUUCCCUUCGCCUCCCCGGGGCAGGCCCGGGCCAGGCCCUCGUCUUCCGAUCGGGUGCCCGCCCGGAGCAGCGGAGCAGGACGGAGAGGCGGAGCGCUGGACGGAGCCAGGGCCGGGGGAAGACCGGGCUGCUUUAAGACACCGGGAAGGUGACCGUCAGGUCGUCCGGGCGGGGAACAGGCCUACCGCCUCCGUCGGGUCGUACUCUCCCAAGCGCUCACCGCAGGGCUCUGCACACAGGAGGUGCUCAAUAAAUGCCGUUGACCGAUGA